AUGGAGUUGACGUCGACACCGCAGAUUACCAAACGGCUGCUGUCUGCCUCGUCCUCCGAGCAGUCCAAGCGGCAACGGACGAGCGAUGAUGACCCAGCACCACAUCUCCCUUUCAACACUGAAGCUCCGAUUAGAGCUUUUUUCUGCGGAGUGUCGGAUUCCGUUCGCUGGAUAUUCGAGCGUGGAGGAGGGACAACGGUCCAGCUCGCCGAGGCGGAAUAUGUCGUAUGCGCCUCCGGGGAAGUGAAGGGUCGUCCAGAAACCGCAGUGCUCGUGUCUGAGGACUGGGUGUGGAGCUCGUGGGCAACGGGCAGGCUCAUGGACCCAUCCGAGUUUCCGGUCCCUACUGGCCCAGCGCAAGAUGUGGAGACGGCUCCUCCGGUCUUGCUCUCGGGGGACGACAUCUCAGCCGGCCAUGUCUCUCCCAAAAGCAACAGUUCUACCUCCAGCAGCACGUUCUCAGCUCUUGCAUUGGCAUAUUCACCACCUUCCCCGGAGCCUUCCGCGGCACCUGCCGUCAUCGUUGCUGAAGAACUUAUCGUCUCUACCCAUUCCUCGCCUCCAAAAUCCCCGCCCUUUGCCGCCUCAGAAGAGUGUGAUCGAGACGCCAACAUACACUUGCCAACUACAAUGCCCGUGGCUCACAAGAAGCGCGUAGAGCUUUUGAUUCUCGCGCUUCGUAAGUGGAGUAAACGUGGUAGUCUGCUGGUCUUCCUUCGAGACACAGGCAUCACGUCGGCACCCAACCUUUAUUAUCAACAUCGCCAGUGCAUCCACGAGAACGUCCCAGGUUUGUCCGAGAGGGUCUAUGCACCUGACGUCGAUUCCGAUGACGCCGAAUGCGAAGGAGAUUCAGACGCUAUUCGACUACCGAAAACGAUCCCGAAACAUCACAAACCUCGCGUCCGCGCUAUCAUUCAAGCACUCCAUACAUGGAACGGCCGCGGCUCUCUCUCCGACUUUCUGAGAAGACUUCCGAUUACCUCAGCGCUGCGACUAUACUACCAACAUCACCAAACUAUUGCGGAGCAUGUGCCUGGAUUGUUGGAACGACGGGACAUCAACGACUGGACCGAGGAGGGCAGCGGGUAUGGAGAAGACCUCUUACCGUUGCCGGCAACGGUCCCGUUGAAGCAUACCGCUCGGGUUUGGGCAAUCAUCCUCGCAUUACGCCGCUGGGACAAGCGCGCGUUCCACAAGUUCAUCAAAGGCCUGGACGUACCCAAUGCCAUGGCCCUGUUUUACCUGCAUCGACAGUGCAUCGAAGACCGUGUUCCGGGUCUGUCGCAGCUUCGACAAGACAAUUCGGACUUGCAACUUCCUGUUGAGUCAGGCGAGACUACAGAGACUCUUCCCGCGUACAUCUCCUCAAACCAUGCUCCGCGAGUUUCGCUGCUUAUUCGCAAGCUGAAGGAAUGGGACAAGCAAGGCAACCUGACCUCGUUCAUCAAAAGCCUGCACAUCUCGUCGGGAUUGAACAUAUACUAUCGAUAUCGGGCAUAUAUCGCAGAGCAGGUGCCCGGCCUCCCAGGCUACGAAGCGAAGGCGUUUCCAGCAACGGAUCGGUAG